AUGGCCUCGCAACAGGCAGUAAGUGUACUGGCUGUUGCUUCUGGCGACAACUCAUGCCAGCCUGACCUCGUUCGGCGCAACUGCGCAAAACGCAAGACGAUCCCAUCAAUCAUUGGCCAGCCACGUGACCCUCGACAUGGCCCAUUCCAGCUCGCGGUCCCCACGAAGCACGCUCUCACGCGCAACCCUGACAAAAAUCCCGCCUCCGGAACUGCCACCAUGGACCCUAACCCAGUCUCCACAACCAGCUGGCUGGCACCUGGGGCCGGAACCGUCCCUGCACUCUCGCUGCCUCCGCCACCAGACAUUUCUCACGCCUUGGACGUCCGGAAUAGAAGCCGCGGCGCCAAGGGUAGUCCGAGCUCUGGACCGGCAAGCCUACGUCCCUCAAACCCCUUUACAGAACGGCCAACGUUUUCUGCUCCCCUUUCUUCAACAUCGUCCAUCUGCUCACAGAACAAUCUGGCACCGUUCGUUGUCAACUGGAGCGCGUUCAGCGUCAAGGAACAAUCCGGCGCCGUUCGCUUUCAACUGGAGCGCAUCAUCUGGAGAAAGGCAAUCGCCACCUCUCUUGCCACAGACCUCGUCAUGUUUCUCAUUGGGCACGAACAUGGUCUCAAACCAUAUCCGUACAUCAUGAACGCGGAAGCAGCGGGUCGGCCCUAUGCACAAUCCAUGCGACCGUACAGGUGCGACCAGUGCACGCAGUCAUUCAACAGAAACCAUGACCUGAAGAGACACAAGGGGAUACACUUGGACGUGAAGCCGUUUCCAUGCAAAUCAUGCAACAAAAGUUUCUCGAGGAAGGACGCCUUGAAGAGGCAUUGUUUGGUCAGGGGAUGCAAGGCCGAAAGCCCAACAAGAGUGGAACACACCAGGGAUCGGCAGUCUGCCAUGGAUGCGGAUACUGACGAAUCAGCAUCACAAAAGUGUCGCAUAAUGGUCCAUACUGAUGACCCGCCGCUUCGACCUGCGAGCAGGGACGACGAGCAACGACUGAUGCCCGACUCUCAAUCACCCAACGGCGCACUUUCCAAAGCGGAACAAGUUGAAGAUGCUGUCCUAACCGUCGCUGAACUAUCCACCCCGACUCAACAACUGUCUCAGACGCCUCGGAGUGACGGAAGUUCAGUCAUCACAGAGAGAUACGUCGAUAAGCGGAAAAGGCAGAUCGUCGACAGGGUUGUUUUGCAUGUGACCCAGUGGCUCCGGUCAAGGUUUGACGCAGCCUAUAAGUCGGCCGGCCGCAGUUCACGAGGUGUAUCGAGCCCGUCUGGAGAACCAUCGGGUUCGGGCUCAACCGCAAAGACGUCACCUGCCGGAAAAUCUGGAGGCGGAAAGAGGCGGAAACUGGUACAAACGGAAGAUUACGAGGCGGACAACAACGAUGAGGAUGAGCAGCAAGACGAUGAACAGAACAACGGCAAGUCUUCCCCAAAAGGCAAACACUCCAAGUACGCUUGCCCGUACUUCAAAUACUAUCCAGCCAAGUAUAAAGAUUGGAGGAUUUGGAACAUCUCUACCGACGUCAUCGGCAGCCAAGAUACCGCUGCGGACGCUGUUGGCAGCCUUUCAAAGACGAGCAGGGCUAUCUAG